GUCUCGAAUAGUUAGAAUCUAACCUCGUGUGCGUGUGUUGUCCCAAUUAUUUUAUUAGUAGAAAAUUUAUAUAAUUUGAAUAAAAUGACUGAAGAGAAUACUGAAAUUGAUUGUGUAUUACGACCGAUGAAUUGUGAGAUUAAUUUGUUGUCGAAGUCCGAUGGAUCUGCAGUGUUUAUGCAAGGCGAAACCACUAUUAUCGCAGGUGUAAACGGUCCCAUGGAAGCAAGGAGUCAAAAAAUGGCUUACGACAAACUUUCCAUAGAAGUUGCAUAUACGCCUCUUAAAGGACCAGCUAAGAUAGAUGAUAGAUUAAUUGAAACAUAUUUAAGGGAGACUUGUGAAUCUGCUAUAUUAGUUUCAAUGCAUCCUAAUACUAUGGUAUGCAUUAAUUUACAAGAGAUGCAAGAUUUUGGUGGGUUACUGGCUUGUGCUAUUAAUGCGUCAUGUCUGGCAUUAAUUAAUUCAGGACUUUCUAUGAAAUACACUAUUGCAGCUGUAAGUUGCAUGAUAGAGAAAGAAACAGGAAAAGUAAUUAUAGAUCCUGAUAGCACACAAUUAAAGAAUGCAAAGGCAGAAUUCACAUACGCAUUUGACAGUAUUAACAAAGAUAUUGUGUGCUGCCAUAGUGUUGGUCGAUUCUCCCAAAAUGAGUUCAUAGCCUCCAUGGAUAAGUGUAAACAAGAUACGAUGCUGGACCCCUCGGGAGAGAUGAUCGCUCAAGAGAGGAGAAGAGAGGGGAGGAGGGAGGAGAUUUUGCCUGGCGCACCUGUCGCACGUUGCCUUCCGGCGGAUCUCUCCCCUUUUCCGUACGCCCGCGGCACACGCACCAGGCUAUUUCAUUUUUGAUGCCAUAAAAAAAAGAGCCGUUUUAUCGCCGCGUUUAAGGGUUAUUGUACAAUAAAAGUGGCAUUAUUAUCAGUUAGCUCGGCGUAAGGUCGCGAGUCGGUCGAGCCGGCGACGAGGUAAAGAAAGAGGGUCGUUGACGCGUAGCCGUUCGUGUCGGAAGCGGCUCGUGAGAAGCACACGACUGGCUUUAUGACUCGUAAAUGCUCGAGAGACGUCUCUCGGUAGAUGGACACGCGUCCUUACUUCCGCGAUGUAUCGUUGUUAAGCUUCAAAACGUGAAACCGUCUGCGGUAUAUCUUUGUUUCGGCUCUUCUGAUCCGUUCCUCUUUCCUACGGUCGAUGCGAGGGGAUGGAAACGCGGAGCAACCCCUCGCGCGUGCUUGUCGUUUCUCGAGUUUACGACGUGUCUCGUCGCCCGCCUAGUUCCUGUCGCGAUUCCUCAUAGGUGACGUGCGUGAU